AUGGCGGAAAUCUCAGGUGGAUGGCAGGAAAAAGUUCACUUGAAGCGCGAAGCUCAAAAUCAGGCUCUAGCGAACGUUGCGGAUAAUAACGCAUGUCAUCAAAAAGUUGACUCGUCUCUGGUAGACAUUGACGAUAUCUCAACAUUGGUCGGUCGCAUCGCCUCCGGCGAUUUAAGUUCGGUAGCCGUGACGGAAGCAUAUAUUCAAAGGGCUAUUACAGCACAUAAUCAGGUAGAUCUUACUGAAAUCCUCUUCCAAGAAGCCUUGGCGCGGGCUCGUGAACUUGAUAAUUAUCAAAAAGUGCACGGAAAUGUCAUCGGACCACUGCAUGGUAUUCCCGUUACCCUUAAAGAUCAGUUUAAUUUGAAAGGUUACGAUAGCACGCUCGGAUAUGUCAGCCGCGCAUUCAGUCCCGCGGUUGAAGAUGCAGCUCUUGUCGCGCUAUUAAAAACGCUUGGUGCAGUUAUUCUGGCUAAGACGAAUCUUCCUCAAAGCAUUAUGUGGUGUGAGACGGAAAACCCCCUUUGGGGCCUUACUACGAAUCCUUCUUGUAAGGACUACACCCCGGGCGGCUCGACAGGCGGCGAGGCAGCGCUGUUAAGCCUUCACGGAAGUCUCCUUGGUUGGGGGACGGAUAUUGGCGGUAGCAUCCGGAUACCUACUCAUAUGAUGGGCUUAUACGGAUUAAAGCCAAGCAGCUCCCGUCUCCCUUAUCAAGGAGUGCCUGUGUCAAUCGAAGGGCAAGACUAUGUCCCUUCAUCAGUAGGGCCAUUAACACGGAAUCUACCGUCGCUUACCGUAGUGAUGAAAGAGCUAACCCAGCUAGAACCCUGGAAACAUGACUCUCGCUGUGUACCUACGCCGUGGAGGGAAGAAAUCUUUCAAAAAUUUAGAACUGAGCCGCUGACAAUUGGCUUGCUUAUUGACGACGGAGUGGUCCGACCACAUCCUCCGAUUACGCGAGUACUCCACUCAUUGGUAAACAAACUUCAAGCAGCAGGUCAUGAUGUCGUCGAAUGGAAUUCCAACCUCCAUGCUGAGUGCAUCCAGGUUAUGGAUGAGUUCUACACAGCCGACGGUGGCGAAGACAUUCGCCGCGAUGUUCUAGCUGGUGGGGAACCUUUUAUUCCCCACGUAGAAGCUUUGGUCAAUAAGGGCCAGCCUAUCUCAGUCUAUGACUACUGGCAGCUGAACAAGCGCAAAGUGGCGCUGCAACAAGCCUAUCUGGAGAAAUGGAAUAGCAUCAGGUCGCCAAAGACGGGUAAGCUAGUUGAUGUAGUACUAAUGCCACCCAUGCCACAUGCAGCCGUUCCCCAUCGUGCGUGUCGAUGGGUGGGAUAUACCAAGAUAUGGAACGUUUUGGACUACUCGGCUCUAGUUAUCCCUGCAGGAAGAGUGUUGUCUAUCGAUGGCGACGUGCUAUGGAAUCACACGGCGAGGAACGCACUAGAUGAGUGGAAUGCUGCGUUGUGGACUCAAGAAAGAGAGAAAAUGAUUGAACUUUGUCUGCCGGUCGGGGUGCAGAUUGCGGGAAGGAAGCUCGAAGAAGAGAAAGUCCUCGCAGUCGGUGCCAUCAUGGAUGAAUUGCUUCAUGAGACUAACUGUGUAUGAUUGUACAUACUCGGAAGCUAUCGUCGUUACUACUUCCUAUAUUGAGCUUCCUCAAGGCUCCCUUCCACUUAUGCUUUCGGCUUCUCGAGAAUAUCUCCCGGAGGAGCUGGCAUCAUAGCUCCCUCGGGUGGUUUAUUCUUACUUUUGAAGUAGUCGCACAUCUUUGAAGGUUAGCAUUGCUAAAAGAGGUCAGGCUUAUAUAUAUAUUAAAAAAAAGAAGCGAACCUCGGCAAAUGUCAUCCACUCUACUCCCUCAUGCUUAUUGAUGUGUUCAAUCAGUCUUUCGUGCAUUAAGAGAACGUGUGGCCGACCUGAUACAUCGGGAUGGAUCGUCAUCGGGAAGAUAAAUUCGUCAUACUCGCGGUAGAAAUAAUCGAAAUGGUCUCGCCAUAUAUCCUCAACAUCCCUAGCAAAGCAAUUAGAUGUAAGAAGGAACCUCGUUCUAUACGCCUCGCGAACCUUGGAUUUACCCAGCCGUGGGAAUUGGCAGAGUUUUUCAUAAACAUCAUAGGAGGAAGAUCGUCAAUGUACCACGAGCCUGGGAUUUCUACCAUCCCUGUUGGUUGCCCCUUAACUAGAGGCUUCAUCCACUCUUCGGCCUUUUUCUUGUAGUCGAUCCUGCUGCAAGUUAAUGAUAACAUUAUAACCCA